AUGGCGACCGAAGGAUCAGAGAUCAAGGAGGAGCAGCUGCAGGUCCCUCACGAGGAGGGCGGCGACGAGGAAGAGGAAAUUGCAGCUAUGAAGAAGCGCGUCGCCGAGAUGGAAUCCGAAGCUGCUAAAUUGCGCGAUAUGCAGAACACUCUCGACCAGCAAUCGUCGGACCUCGCAGAGAACAAAGAGGAUGUUGACGCACGAAGUGUUUUUGUUGGCAAUGUGGACUAUGGGGCAUCACCUGAAGAGAUCCAGGCACACUUCCAAAGCUGUGGCUCAAUCAACCGAGUGACUAUCCUGCUAGACAAGUUCACUAGUCAACCCAAGGGCUACGCAUAUGUGGAAUUCUCUGAGCCCAGUCUUGUGGCCCAGGCUCUGGUUUUGAAUGAAAGUGAAUUCCGUGGCCGCAACCUCAAGGUCACCCCUAAGCGUACCAAUCUGCCAGGCAUGACCCGCGGUCGUGGCCGUGGUCGGGGAGGACGCGGUGGUCGUGGUCCCUUCCGUGGCUUUCGUGGUGGCUUCCGGGGUCGCGGACGUGGCUUCGCACCUUACUAA